AAGGAUUGGUACAAGAACAGUUUGGUAUAUCAGAUCUAUCCAAGAAGCUUCCAGGACAGCAAUGGCGACGGCAUCGGUGAUUUAAACGGUAUCACGAGCAGGUUGGAGCACAUCGCGGAAAUUGGCGCCGAUGCGCUAUGGAUGUCACCAAUCUUCUCUAGCCCGCAGGUAGAUUACGGCUACGAUGUCUCCAAUUAUACCGAUAUCAAUGUGGAGUACGGCACCCUCGCUGAUUUCGACGCGCUCGUGAAGAAGGCGAAGUCCCUCGGGUUGAAAGUAAUCCUUGAUUUCGUGCCGAAUCACAGUUCCGACCAGCACGAAUGGUUCCUUAAGAGUAUCGACAGGAUCAAGCCCUACGACAACUACUACAUCUGGAAGGAUGGGAAAUCGAACGGCACCGAGCCGCCGAACAACUGGCUGAGCGUUUUCGGGGGUCCCGCUUGGACGAAGAACGAGAAACGCGGGCAGUAUUAUAUGCAUCAGUUCGCCGCCGGACAGCCGGAAUUCAACUACCACAACGCCGAAUUGCGAGAAGAAAUGAAGAAUGUGUUGACUUUCUGGAUGAAGCGGGGCGUGGAGGGAUUCCGC